AUGGCCGCAUCCAACGCCGACUCGAGCGGACUCCGGCCUGUACGCCGCCGCCGUGGUGCUCCAGCAGCGGCGGCCGGGGCCAAUCGUCGCGCGGCGCUGAUGCUCAAGCGUCAACUGAUCAGCAUCGGCCCCGCGACGACCGACCCGACCACGACCGACCCGACCACGACCACGACCACGCCCCCACCUGUCGCCACAACUACUCCUCCCGUGGCCACGACCACUCCUCCCGUCGCCACGACCACUCCUCCCGUGGUCACCACGACGACGUCGGCGGCGAUCCCUACUACCACCACUUCGAGGUGAGUUGCUCUUCCGCCGUUAGACAAGACGAGCUUCGCCGAUAUCCCUUGCCGUGCCCGGUCCUCUCCUCCUCUUCGCCGACGACCCCAUAUCUAUCAAGUUGGAUUUCGAGUCGACUCGGGUCGGGUCGACGAAAUCUUCUUUUGCUCUGCUGCUACCCGCUCGAGACUCGAACGCUGAUCGUGUGGCGAUUGUUCUUUCAGCAGUGCCGCACCUAGAACGACAACUGCAGCAGAAGCAAGUCCUAGUCCCACUACCGCAGCUGCGACGAGUAAGCACCCACGAUUCAGUCAAGUACUUUGAUCCAUCAGCUGACCUUGCGUCGUGAUCGCCCCACGCUGUUAGCUGCUCGAACUACGACGACACCAUUCGUAGAGCCGACAACUUCUCGUGCUCGUGAGUUCACCACGCCGCGUAUUGAAUGAGCGAUCUUCUCGGCGAAGGACCGGCAACUGAUGCGUUGCAGCUUCAUUGCUUCCAUCGCCUUAGCUCUCACAACAACGGUCAUCAUCACGCCCACGACUGGUGAGUACUUUGCGCCGUUGCGACCUUGUUGUUGAAAGCCCGGACUCCGAGACUGACUCUUCGCCGUCUGUCUCGCAGUCAUCGUCGUUGGCUCUUCGACCAUCACCUCGACCCUCAGUCCCAUCACCUCUACCGCCGUUCAGACAGGCACUAGCUCCGGUGACUCGACCUCGUCGGGUCUCUCGUCCGGUGCUCGGGUCGGCAUCAUCGUCGGUUCUGUCGUCGGUGGUCUCGCCGCACUCGCUGCUCUCGUGAUCCUCUGCCUGGUCGCCAAACGCCGAAAGCAACGCCAGGAGGACGAUGCGAUCCGUUGGCCCGAGAUUCAGGAUCAGGCGAACCUGUACCCUCAACCCGUACACUCGACCGGUGGAGCCGGUGUCGGUGGGGACGAGAUGGAGGAAGUGCACUCGGACUUUGGUCGCGGUGCGGCGGGAUUGGGAGCUGGAGCGGCCGGAGUCGGUGCGGGGGCUUAUGCGGCGCAUCGCUACAAUUCGAUGUCCAGUCACGGUGGACACAGCCAACAGCCGACGUUGCCCCAGGUACCGCCGUCGAUCUACUCGUCCGAGGAAUCGCCGUACUCUUCGUACGGAGCCACGACGCCUUACUCGCCGCAUAAGAACAUGUUCGGUAGCAGCGGGCCUUCCUCGAAUUCGGGAACUCCUCUCGCCCCUGGUCCGGCAUCGAUCGAGUACCAACGCGCCAUGGCAGCGAACAACACCUCGCUAGGAUCCGAGAUGCGUCACGGCACGCCUUCACCCCCCGUCGCUGCUUCUUCGAACGAUCAUGGUGAACCCUCGUCCCACCCCCACCCCGCCGGAUCGGGCGUCCUCCCUCUUCCCGGGUCGGAGAUGGGUCACGACGAGAUCGAGCGUCCUUCUUCGCCUACGGAUAUGCAAGUCGGCGGACCGUUCGGCGCGGGUUACGACGAGGGUGAAGGUGGUAGGAGGUGGCAGUUGAGCGUGGUGAAUGAUGAUCCGAGAGGUGAACGAGGGUAUUAG